AGCCAAUGGGCAACCGAUUGCCACGGGCGCAUCGUCUUUCAAAAAAACGUUUUGGGCCGCUCGCGCAAAUCGCAAGUGGCGUAAGGGCUUUUCAUGCGGAGCAGCGUAUUGUGGCCAAAGCGUGCGUCUGCGGCAGACACCGUUUCUGGAGACUGCAUCGAGGACGAGGCACGGAGGAACCUCCGCAAACGCUGACCAAGGCCAUGUCUGUCAACUCCUUCAUGGAUGCACGUCAACUUCCGUGCCACCAGUAAUGGCGUCAAAGGCUACCACAAGUGCAUCUACAAUGGCUCCACCAAGCCGGAAGAGGCGUUCGAACGAGACAGCACAGCCGUCGGCGCCAAAACGCCGCCGAUCGGGCAACAACCCGCCAUCGCCCGGAGCGCGGGUGAACGUGGCUGUGCGUGUUCGGCCGCUCGGCGACCGAGAAGCUGAGACGUCCAGCAUCAUUCGUGUGGUGGACGACAGGUGCCUCGUCUUUGACCCCAAGGCCGAGGCAGAGCCCUUCUACUUUCAGGGACAGCAGGUCUGUGCCCCUGGUCUGGUCAAGCCCAACAAAGACCAGACAUUCAUGUUCGACCAGGUCUUUGAUGACACCAAGGACAAUCAGUACGUGUACGAGCACACCACCAAGGACAUGCUGACCACGCUCCUUGAAGGGUGCAAUUGCUGUGUAUUUGCAUACGGUCCCACUGGUGCUGGGAAGACUCACACAAUGCUGGGCUCCGAGGAGUGCCCGGGAGUGAUCACCCUCACGGUCGGAGAGCUGUACCGGCAGGUGGAAAAGCUGAGGUCCGAAGGCCAGACAUGCGACGUGGCAGUCGCCUACAUGGAGGUCUACAACGAGGUUGUGCGCGACCUGCUCUGCCCCAACGGGCCAACACUGGUCGUACGGGACGACCCGGCCAAAGGCAUCAAGAUAUCAAACCUCACCAUACACAAGGUGAAGGAGGCUGAUGCGCUUUUUGAGCUGCUCCUAAAAGGAAGCAAGAACCGGACACAGCACGCCACCGACGCCAACGCAGUGUCAUCCCGAUCGCACGCCAUUUUCCAGGUGUACGUCACUCAGACAGAGAACGUUACGAGCACGAGCAAGGGAAUCCGAGUCUCAAAAAUGAGCUUCAUUGACCUUGCUGGCUCGGAGCGUGCUGCUGCGAUUAAUAGGAACGUGAAGGAGCGGAUACGCGAGGGUUCGAAAAUCAACCUGUCGCUGCUGGCCCUCGGCAACUGCAUCGACGCCCUCUCAAAAAGCGGGCCACAUCGAGUCCCGUACCGGGGCUCCAAGCUGACCCACAUCCUCAAGGACUCGCUGGGUGGUACGUGCCGCACCCUCAUGAUUGCGGCGGUGGCUCCGUCCAGGGCCAGCUACACGGACACGCACAACACCCUCAAGUACGCUGAGAGGGCCAUGAAGAUCGAGCUGCAGGCCAAAAAGAAUGUGCUCAAUGUGAACGUGCACAUGACCAUGUACACUGCACUGAUUGACGAGUACAAGCAGAAGGUGGAGGGCCUUCAGCGUAAGCUCGACAAGGUGGAAACCGAAAAGACUGCGCUCGAGGCCGAGGUGCAACAGCUGAAGGACGGUCUGGCUGCGGUUACGGCCAGCCGAGACGCCCUGCUGCAAGCUCGGGAGACCGGCGGUGGCGGUUGCCCAGAGACGUACAAGGAUGUCCUAUCCACGACUCCCGUCCUGUCGCCCAGUGCGGAGAUUGGCCGGCCCAGUGACAGCACGAUGAAGUACUACGUUGAUGCGGUGCAGAAAAUAUACAGAGUGCGUGCAAAGAUCAUCGGCCAGAUCUGGGAAAACGAGGCAGUCAUCCGCACCAGCCAGGUCAAAGAGAAUUGGAAGCAGCAGGUCACUAAAACUGUCAAGCUUCUGCAGGGCUGCAGCGAAGACACCAUGAAGGAGUCCGAGAGACUUCACAAUUUCCUGCAGUCGCAAGCAGCCGUACGCCGUGAUGCCAAGGAAAAGCUCGAGGCCCUCCACAAUGAGCGUCGCCGCAACUUCGAGUUUGGCGAGGACCUCCUUGCAGAGGCCUCCGCAGCUGGCUGCUUGGAGGCCGUGGAAGCGGAGAUAGCAGUGCUAGAACCAUUGGUGGAGCAGGCCGAGACCCAGGGUCAGCAGCAGAUGUUUGCCCAGCUUGCCGAGCUGCUGGGCCAAAAGUGCAACCACUGGGAGAGCCUAAACAGCGUCGCCAUCCCCCACCUGCGCAGCCUCUACGUCAUCCUGGAGGCCCGCAAUUGCUGUAGCACGGACCAGCGAGAUGCUCAUGCGGCCGUUGUUAAAAAGGCCAAGGGCCCUGGUGUCAAAUGGGCUGACGAGCAGGAGGAGGCGACAGACGGUCCGUUGGACCUUGCGAGUCUGCUGCAGGCUCCUUGCUGGCGGCUAGGGACCACGGUGCGGCGAAAGUCUGCCGCAUUGCCAUCCGGCAACCUGGAGGAAGCGUUCGAAGACUACACGGGCGAUGCAACUUUCGUCCGUUUCCCAAACGGCUCCCCGCAUCCGCGCCGGCACAGACGCAGCGGAAGUGCGGACAUGGCCGUGGCGUCUGCGACACCAUCCUGGAGCUCGAUGGAGAUGGGCACGGCGAAUGACACGUUUGUGAGCGACACUCCAAGGUUGCGAGUGUUCCAACCAAUAACCUCUCCACAGCCGUCUACAUCCAAGACUGUGAGCCGGCCCUUCCCCAAGUACCGUCCGUCCGGAGUGCACAAAGAGAACUCGGCACCACGAGGCAAUUUUGCGGCACUGAGAAGCAGCAUCAGAAGCAACCCUCGGCCCAUGGGGAGCCGAAUGCGAAAGAGCCUGAGCACAUCAAGUCUGCCCCGGUCGAUGCCGGCUGCGACUCCGACUUCUCGGGCUGCCCUCCUGCUGUCCAACAGGGGCCAGCAACAGUCUGCAAGCAGAUACCGCCAACCCCAGAACCGGCCCAAUCAGUGAGGCAGUGCUCGAGGCAGGGCCAAUGCAACAGGCUGUCGCCUCUACAAGUGGUCAGAACAGUUAUAUUUAACACUUUUAGCCUUUGACCAUGGAACUGUACUUUAACUCAAUCGCUGACCCUGGUGAGUGUUUGUCCAAGGGGAGUGAAGUUUUGGCAUGGAAAGCCACGACCACUACCAGCCACGGGACCCACGACUGCCGCAGUUUCCGGCCUGCACUAGACACUUGUACUGCACUGUGUGCUUUCGGAACUCUGUCGCGCUUGUCCGAACUGUGCUUCCUGUGAGAUGGGCCCACUCUUCCAGAAGCAAAUUCAAGCGACGCGUUUCCAAGCUUCCUGAGGCCACUGUAGUAGUGCGUGGCGGGGAGGCGGAACACCCUUCUCGUGGCCAUUUCUGCAUUCUAGUGUUCUUGAAUUUCCGCGACUUGCAGUGUGAUUUGGCCAGAUUUGAAAUUGCGUCCCAGCGCUUUUAUUUGCAGCUUGGGUGCUACGGACUUGUGUAGCCUAGACUGCAAUUGUAGGCGUUCGUGCACGCAGUUCUCUCUCCGGCGAGCUCGGCAACUUUUGAGAUUAGUGGCCGUCAACACCUCUUGUAAUUUGGAAUGGCUAGGAAGUGCUUGCUUUUUAUUUUUCCAGCAAAAUUGGCUUUUUAAUGCUUUUCGCAGCUUUUAGUUUUGACGACGCAAAUGUUUUGCCUGCUUCACUUCUACUUGUUCUAAAGUGGAAGUGGACUGCUGUCAGUGUUUUCUUCAGAACAGUCGCUAAGAAAAAUUUCUCGCUUGCCAUGGGUUGCUUCAUUUGCCUUGUUGCAUAUUUUUUUGGUGCUCUAGAAAACCGGCACUGUUCUUAAAGCAUAUCAUGGUUCCUUGUAAAUGACAUUGUGGUUGUAUUGAUGUGUUCAGAUGCAUUGGGCAGCUUUUCUGUGUUCACCUAUCAUAUCCAAUGCCUGAGCCUGUGUGAAUAGUUUGAACUGUGCAGCAGCAUAAUUUAUACGGGAGUUGUACUCUUCAGCAGGCUGUUUGCUGACUAUAGCUGGAUGCCAUCUCUUGUGAAAGGCCUAAAUAAAAUCCACUUCAAUAAAGAA